GGAGAGUUUAGGCUGAUCCUCCGUGUCCUUUUUCUCGGUGUGUGAGUGUGUGCGGUAAUGGCGCUGUGUGUGCGGGCACUGCUCGGCUCUGCGGCCGCUCGGAGCCUCGCCUCCCCCGGCCGGAGCCUCCUCCCUCUCCGCGGCCGGACCCUCACCCUGCCCGGGCUGCGGUGCGCCUCCACCGUGCAGCAGCGGGUGGAGCUGAAGAGGAGAAAAGCUCUGGAGGGAGGAGGAGAGAAGAGGACGGAGGCUCAACAUGCCAGGGGUAAGCUGACGGCGCGAGAGCGGGUGGCCCUGCUGCUGGACCCGGAUUCUUUCACAGAGCUGGACAUGUUUGUGGAACACCGGUGUUCCGAUUUUGGGAUGGAGGCUGAUCACAACAAGUACCCCGGGGACAGUGUGGUAACUGGUCAUGGCAGGAUUAAUGGCAGGCUGGUGUAUGUCUUCAGUCAGGAUUUCACUGUAUUUGGGGGAAGUUUAUCAGGAGCCCACGCUCAAAAGAUCUGCAAGAUAAUGGACCAGGCAAUGACGGUUGGUGCUCCUGUAAUUGGGCUGAAUGACUCUGGUGGAGCGCGGAUACAGGAGGGGGUGGAGUCUCUGGCGGGAUAUGCUGAUAUUUUCCUGAGGAACGUAAUGGCAUCAGGUGUGGUUCCGCAGAUCUCUAUGAUUAUGGGUCCGUGUGCUGGAGGAGCCGUUUACUCUCCCGCCCUCACCGACUUCACCUUUAUGGUUAAAGACACCUCGUACCUCUUCAUCACAGGUCCGGACGUGGUUAAAUCGGUCACUAAUGAGGACGUGACGCAGGAGGAGCUGGGAGGAGCUAAAACACACACAUCAGUAUCAGGUGUGGCUCACAGGGCGUUUGAGAACGAUAUUGAUGCUUUGCUGAGUCUUAGAGACUUUUUCAACUUCCUGCCUCUGAGUAAUAAAGACCCGCCCCCAGUGACAGAGUGCCAUGAUCCCAGUGAUCGGUUGGUUCCUGGGCUGGACACAUUGGUUCCAUUUGAGACCACAAAGGCAUACGACAUGCUGGACAUCGUCCACAGCAUUGUGGACGAGAGGGACUUUUUUGAGAUUAUGCCCAACUACGCCAAGAACAUCGUGGUGGGGUUUGCCAGGAUGAACGGCCGGACGGUGGGAAUAGUGGGAAAUCAGCCUAAAGUAGCAUCAGGUUGUUUGGACAUUAACUCGUCUGUGAAAGGAGCUCGUUUUGUUCGGUUCUGUGACGCUUUUAACAUCCCAAUCAUCACCUUUGUGGACGUUCCUGGAUUCCUGCCAGGUACUGCUCAGGAGUAUGGUGGCAUCAUCAGGCAUGGAGCCAAACUGCUGUAUGCUUUUGCCGAGGCGACAGUACCUAAGAUCACCAUCAUCACCCGGAAGGCGUAUGGAGGCGCGUAUGAUGUGAUGAGCUCCAAACACCUGAGAGGAGACGUGAACUACGCCUGGCCCACAGCGGAGGUGGCGGUGAUGGGGGCAAAGGGUGCUGUGCAGAUCAUCUUUCGGGGUAAGGAGAACCAGGCGGAGGCUGAGGCGGAGUACGUGGAGAAAUUCGCCAACCCGUUCCCCGCUGCUGUCAGAGGUUUCGUUGAUGACAUCAUCCAGCCGUCCACCACCCGUUUGAGGAUCUGCAGAGAUCUGGACGUUCUAGCCAGCAAGAAACAAACCAACCCCUGGAAGAAACACGCCAACAUUCCCUUGUAAACAUCUCCUCACCCUCCUGAAGAUUCCCCCAGCCAAUCAGAAUCCUUAGACUGUGCCUUAUACCUGGAGUGAUUAAUUAAGUUCAUCUGCAUUAAAAUUUAAUUGAUUUAAUAAACACUCCCAAACUUU